AUGCUCUCCAGCCUGGGGUGUCUGCUUCUCUGUGGAAGUAUUGCCCUUGCCCUGGGAAAUGCACAGAAAUUGCCAAAAGGUAAAAAGCCAAACCUGAAAGUGCACAUCAACACCACCAGCGACUCCAUCCUCUUGAAGUUCCUUCGUCCAAACCCAAAUGUAAAGCUGGAAGGUUUUCUCCUGGGAUAUGGCAGCAAUGUGUCCCCAAACCAAUACUUUCCUCUUCCCACAGAAGGGAAAGUCACUGAGGCUGUAGUAGAUGCAGAGCCGAAGUAUCUGAUAGUCGUGCGACCCGCUCCUCCUCCCAGCCAGAAGAAGUCAUGCUCAGGUAAAUCUCGCUCUCGAAAACCUCUCCAGCUCGUGGUUGGUACAUUGACGCCAAGCUCAGUCUUCCUGUCCUGGGGUUUCCUUAUCAAUCCACACCAUGACUGGACGUUGCCAAGUAACUGUCCCAAUGACAGAUAUUAUACAAUUCGAUACAGAGAAAAAGAUAAAGAAAAGAAAUGGAUUUUUCAACUCUGUCCAGCCACUGAAACAAUCGUGGAAAAUCUCAAGCCCAAUACUGUUUAUGAAUUUGGUGUGAAAGACAACAUAGAAGGUGGAAUUUGGAGCAAGAUUUUCAACCAUAAGACUAUUGUUGGAAGUAAAAACAAAGUAAACGGGAAAAUCCAAAGCACUUAUGACCAGGUCCACACAGUGCCAGCAUAUGUACCAAGGAAGCUAAUCCCAAUAACAAUCAUCAAGCAAGUGAUUCAGAAUGUGACCCACAAGGCUUCAACUAAAGCCCCAGACAAGACUCCUUUUGGAGGAACAAUACUAGUUCAUCUUAUUAUUCCAGGUCUUAAUGAUUCCAUGGUAAAACUUCCCACAUCCAUAAUGCUUGAGAUUUCGGAUGCUCUCAAGGCACAAUUAGACAAGAAUGAAACAUUGGCAUUACCAGUGGAAUCUAAAACGCCAGAGGUUGAAAAAGUUGCAGCCCAGCCAGUAACAGUGACUCCGGAAACAGUUUCAAGAAGCAUUAAACCCACAGUGUCUAGCGUGUUAGACACCACAGAGACGACACUGGUCCUCAGUGAGAAGACCCCAGAAACAGCACAUUCUGUUUUAAUACCUGAGUUUGAAUUGCCUUUGAGCACUCUAGCUCCAAAAAGAUUCCCAGAGUUUCCCAAGACAAAAACAACAGUCUUCCCUUUGGAGAAACCAGGGGAUAUCUUGGUUUCAAGUGAAGAGCAGUGGGUGUCACCUGGAGCUAAAACAUCUGAAGAUUCCAAAUUUGUACAGCCUCAAACUGCAACUCACGGUGUUAUCUCAAGCUCAACAACUUCAGAUGAGACUGAAGUAGAGCCUCACCCAGCAGCAGCAAGUGAUCCUACUCUGGACUCUGUCCCACCCAAAACUUCUAGAACUCCUGAACAGCCAAGGGCAACACUGGCUCCAAGCGAAGCAUCGUUUGAUCCUCAAAAUGUGAAAAUCUUCACCAGUCCUGAAGUGCAGCCUACAACAACUGCUCUCCAGGAAACUACAUCUGUCCCCACCACACCUAAACGACGCCAACCUGACUUUCUUGAAAAGCGUGAUGAUCAUUCCAGAUCUGAAAACUCUGAUGUGUCACCAGAUAAUCCAUUAGGAGAAAUUUUCCUUUCUUUAGCUCCACCAAAGACCAAACGACCAGGUCGCCGCCCCCGUCCUAAAACCACACGUAGUCCAGAAUCACCUGAGUCCAAACCGGCUCUGGAACCUGCCACUGUACCACGGGAGCUCUUGGUCCCCACAAUUGUUCCCAAACCAUCCCAAAUACCCAAAUCAACUCGCAGGCCAGAGGUACCCCAAAUCCAGCCUGAUUUAAAACCACCAAAGCAAAUGGUUCCUAAGCCCAAAGUCACACCUGACAUGCCAACAACUAAAUCCGCCUAUGAGCCUGCUGCAUUUGGAACUGAAGCCCCUUCCUUAGCCAUAGUUGCUACCACAGACAUUGAACCUGUAAUUAUGAGAACCAAGGCUCCAGUGACAACGUUAGCCCCCAAACCAUCACGACCAAGAUCUCGCCGCCCACGUCCUCCUAAAGAUAAAGCCACCCCAAGCCCAAAGAUACCUCAGACUAAACCAGACUUGGGACCUAUCACUCCUGAGCCAUCUUUAGCUUCAACAACAAAAAAAGCCCGCCGCCCUCGUCCCAAACCUAAAACCACACCCCAUCCAGAAGUACCUCAGACUGUAUUGGUUCCUGCUACAACCCUUGAACCAGUUAUUAGAACUGAGGCUCCAGGGAUGACUUUAGCUCCCAAACUGCCUCAACAACCAAGCCAUCCACACCCCAAACCUAAAACUACAAGGCGUCCAGCAGCACCUCAGACAGAACCGGUUUCUACUCCAGUCUUUGAGCCAGUUACUCCACUCAUAUUUGUUAAUUCAGUUCCUAUUACAGACCUUGAACCUGUUACAGACCUUGAAAUGCCUGUUGCUUUUAGAACUGAGGCCCCUGGAACAACACUAGCUAGCAAAUUGUCACAGAGAACCCGCCGUCCACGACCCAGACCUAAAUCCACAAUGAGCCCUCAAGCACCUCAGACAAAACCUGUUCCUCCUGUAGUCCUGGAACCUGUUACUCUUAGACCUGAGGCCCCAGUAACAACACUAGCUACCAAAACAUCACAACGAAAACCUCAUCCACGUCCUGAACAAAAGCCUAUAACAAUACCCGAAGUACCUGAGUCCAAGCCAGUUCCUACAACAGAACACGGACCUGUGACACUCAGAACUCAGACUUGGGUGACAACAAAAGCUCCUAAAACAUCAAAACAGACCCGCCGUCCACGCCCCAAACCUAAAACCACACCAUCUCCUGAGGCUCCUCUAACUAAACAUGUUGCUGCUACAGAUCUUGAACCCAGUGCUCUUAGAACCGAAGAGCCUGCGACUGUGGUUCUUGCUACAGCCCUUGAACCUGUCACUCUUAGAACCAAAGCUCCUGAAACAACAACAUUAGCUCACAAAGUACAGCGGACACGCCGUCCACGUCCCAGACCUAAAACCACAGCAAGUACUGAUAUGUCUGAGUCCAAGUCGGGUAAUGCUCUGGGCUUUAAACUUGAUAUUCAUAGUACUGGGUCUCCAGAAACAACAUUGGAUAAUGAUUUUUCUCCCACUGAACUGCAAACUCUUGUUUUGAAACCAGUGACUUCACCAAGCCUAGAAAUGACACAAAGUCAAUCUGUUUCUGAUGACCUGGAAUCGGUUGCAUUUAGUACUGAGUCACCACAGAAGACAAUAGCACCAGCUGAAACAGAUUAUGUAGAUACCACUACCAAAGAAUCUAUCAGGCCAGAGGAGCCAAGGACAGAAGUUGUGGAGUCUCUUACACAUGUAUCUGAGCUUCCUGAGGCCACACUAGAAACAUCACCUCUGCCUUCCCAAACUAUAAUCCUACCCAGACCAGAUGAGCCUCAGACUGAACCUGCUCCCAGGCAGACACCCCGUCCUCCUCCCAAGUUCAAAACAACACCUCGUCCAAGAAUCCCACCACAACCACCAGUUCCUAGGGGAUCCCAGCAUAUAACUUCAAAACCAAAACUGCCACCAAGUCCUGAAGUGAUGGACACUACAUCUGUUCCAAAGGAUGAACAACUUUCCCAUAAAACAGACCCUGAAGUCUCUCACAGUGAAACUGUUCUGCCUCCUGUCACGUUUAGAACUGAGCCUCCAAAGACAACUAUAGCACCUUUAGAGACACGGGGUAUUCCUUUCAUACCUGUGAUUUCACCACGACCUAGUCAAGAGGAACUACAAACCGUCCUGGAAGAAACAGACCAGUCUACCCAAGAGCUCUUCACAACUAAGAUUCCACAAACAACAGAAGUGGCAAAGACAACUCGGGCACCACACAGAGUGCACACGACUCCUGUGAGGCCCAGAAUACCUGACAGACCACACGCCAGGCCUGUUCUGAACAAAACAACCACAAAACCUGGUAAAACCAAACCCAAAGUGAUACCCCAUGGAAACGGAGCAGGAACAGGAACCAAGCAAGCACCUAAGCCAUCAAGUGCUGGGAGGAAUAUGUCAGUGGACUCACAUGCCACAAAAAAACCAGGGACUCGUCGCCCAUCCAUGCCUCCUAGACCUAUGCCCCCUAGACCUGUAUCUCCACAGAGAAAACCUUUACCACCGAAUAACGUCACCGGAAAGCCAGGAAGUGCAGGAAUCAUUUCCUCCAGCCGAGCAACUUCCCCACCCCCAAAGGCAACACUCAAACCUACUGGAACAGCCGCAGAGAGACCAGAGGCAGAAAAAAAGCAUCCAACCACUCCUUCUUCCGAAGAAGAAAUUGGUACUAUGACUGAUUUUAGUUCAAGCCCAACAAAAGAGACUGAUCAUCUUGGGAAGCCCAGAUUCGUAGGCCCUCAUGUGCGAUACAUCCCAAAGCCAGACAACAGGCCCUGUUCCAUCACUGACUCGGUCAGACGGUUCCCGACAGAGGAUGCCACAGAGGGGAAUGCCACCAGCCCACCACAGAACCCGCCCACCAACCUCACUGUGGUCACUGUGGAAGGCUGCCCCUCAUUUGUCAUCUUGGACUGGGAAAAGCCACUGAAUGACACUGUCACUGAAUAUGAAGUCAUAUCCAGAGAAAAUGGGUCAUUCAGUGGGAAGAACAAGUCCAUUCAAAUUACGAACCAAACCUUUUCUACAGUAGAAAACUUGAAGCCAGACACAAGCUAUGAAUUCCAGGUGAAACCCAAAAAUCCACUUGGUGAGGGCCCUGCCAGCAACACCGUGGCAUUCAGUACUGAAUCAGCCGACCCAAGAGUGAGUGAGCCGAUUUCUGCAGGAAGAGAUGCCAUCUGGACUGAAAGACCCUUUAAUUCAGACUCUUACUCAGACUGUAAAGGCAAGCAGUAUGUUAAAAGGACAUGGUAUAAGAAAUUUGUCGGCGUGCAGCUAUGCAACUCUCUUAGAUACAAGAUUUAUUUAAGUGACUCUCUCACAGGCAAGUUUUACAACAUAGGAGAUCAGAGAGGUCACGGAGAAGAUCACUGCCAGUUUGUGGAUUCAUUUUUAGAUGGCCGCACAGGACAGCAACUCACCUCUGACCAGUUACCCACCAAAGAAGGCUAUUUCAGAGCCGUUCGCCAAGAACCUGUGCAAUUUGGAGAAAUAGGCGGUCAUACCCAAAUCAAUUAUGUCCAGUGGUAUGAAUGUGGGACCACAAUACCUGGAAAAUGGUAGAUGCAGGAAUCAAAGCACUUCUGGUUCAUUAUCGCAAAAAAAAAAAAAAAGAAAGAAACAAAGAACCCGUUGGAAAUACUAUGGUAUUUGUCACACCUAUUCAAAGCUAUUUUGUUUACUAUGUAUAAAAGUUUCCAGUCUAACUGAUAGCAGUACUAGAUGUUUAUUAUUAGAAAAGAUUACUGAGAAGAUUUAUCAGGUUUUACAGAGUCAUUUUAAGAAAGCAAGAUAUUAACAUUAAUAGAAUAACAUUUUUAGGGAAGCUGGCUCCCUGUUCAUGAUAUUUUAAGAGAUCAUUUGUAUAUUAUUUAUCACUGUUGUAAUGUUUUCAGAUACUUUUAUAACAAGAUUAAUGUCAAAAAUCUUUAAUAUGCUUUAUAAAAAGUAUUUACUUUAUUGAUGUGUAUGUGUUGUUGGUGAGUUAAUUCCAUAAAUCUCUACUUGGUUUAACUUAUUGGAUCAAAUAAUCUUCAGCAUAUACAUGUGAGAGAAAGUGGUUCUAAUAUUUACAUUUAUGUUAAACUUCAAUUUUUUUAGCAUCAGAUGAACAGAUUUUGAGUUUAAAUAGCUAUAUAUUCAUGCUACCUUUUCCAUAAGCUACCAGAAAAUUACUAAAAAGAAAAAUCUGAACCCAUAUAAUUUUAUUUCAGCCAGAAACAGCUGAUAAUCUGACAUGUCAAAUGAUAAAUCGUUAAAAAUACUUUCUCAAACUCUUUAAGCAAUUCUUUUAAACGGCUCUAUGGUUCUAUUGAAGCUGUAUGUAGAGCCUGAGUGUGAAGUCAGCAUGAAAAGAUAAUGCAUGGUAAAAUGCUGUUGUUUCAUAGGAUAUAUUAUAUAUUUAUACACUAAGGCCAUGAAUGAAUGAAUGUAUUCACAGGUUGUUUUUGUGACACUGUUUACUCAAGCUGUAACAAAACUGACUCAUUUUCAUGAAAAAAAAAAAAAAAGGUAUUGCUUUCUUUCGUAUGGAGGAAGGCGCCAAGAAUAUUAUUGCCUGCCCUGAAAUGACCUCUCUGUAUGUAUAUUUUAAUAUGUCUUAGUUUCAUCAAUGCUACAUUUUGUAUUUC